UAAGCUUUUGCUUCGUGUCUUCAUAAUAAGACUUCCACAGCAAAGACUUACGUUUACUCUGUUUUUCUCCCUCUCUCUCUCCAAACCUCUCUCUUCUCCGCUCUCUGAAAAACAAAUUGUAGGGACCAGAAUGGCGACGGAGGUGGAGGUGGAGAUAGUGAAACCGCAUACUGACAAGAGAGAGUAUAGGAGGAUCGUUCUUAAGAAUUCUCUUGAAGUGCUCCUCAUCAGCGAUCCCGAUACCGAUAAGAGUGCUGCUUCCAUGGAUGUUGGUGUAGGCUACUCCAGCGACCCCGUCGGCCUCGAAGGACUCGCCCACUUUCUCGAACAUAUGUUGUUUUAUGCUAGUGAAAAAUAUCCAAUGGAGGGUAGUUAUUCGGAGUACAUUUUGGAGAAUGGAGGCCAGUACAAUGCAUAUACAUCUUAUGAGCACACCAACUACCAUUUUGAAGUUAAUAGUGAUUGUUUUGAGGAGGCUUUGGACAGGUUUGCACAAUUCUUUCUUGGACCAUUGUUGUCAGCUGAUGCAACCAUGAGGGAAAUUAAAGCUGUUGAUUCAGAGAAUGAGAAAAAUUUAUUGUCUGAUGGUUGGAGAAUGCCCCAGCUUCAGAAACAUCUCAGUGAUGAAAAACACCCAUAUCAUAAAUUUGGUACAGGGAAUUGGGAAACUUUGGAAGUUCAACCAAAAGCAAAGGGCUUGGAUACAAGACAUGAGCUUAUCAAAUUUUAUGAAGAAAAUUAUUCUGCCAACCUCAUGCAUCUGGUGAUAUAUGCAAAAGAAAACCUUAAUGCAAUUCAAAGCAUUGUUGAGGACAAAUUUCAAGAAAUUAGAAGCAAUAAUCGAGAUUAUAUUUCUUUUCCUGGUCAACCAUGCACAUCUAAACACUUACAGAUACUUGUUAAAGCUGUCCCAAUAGAACAAGGUCACAAAUUGAGAAUUGUAUGGCCUAUAACUCCAAGUAUUCUUCACUACAAGGAAGGACCAUGCAACUAUCUAAGUCAUCUUAUUGGCCAUGAAGGAGAAGGAUCUUUGUUUUCCAUCUUGAAAUCAUUGGGAUGGGCUACAAGUUUGUAUGCAAAUGAAGAUGGUCAAAAUCGGGAGUUUUCUUUCUUCAAAGUGACAAUUGAUCUUACUGAUGAUGGUCAUGAACACAUGCAAGAUGUUGUAGCUUUGUUGUUCAAAUACAUUCACCUUUUACAAGAAUCUGGUGUUCGCAAAUGGAUAUUCGAUGAGCUUGCUGGUAUUUGUGAGACAAAUUUUCAUUAUCAAGACAAAAUCUCUCCAAUCUAUUAUGCAAUUGAAAUUGCAUCAAAUAUGCAGUUAUAUCCUCCAAAAGAUUGGCUAGUUCAAUCCUCCAUGCCUUCCAAAUUCAGCCCAAGCAUAAUUCAAUCAGUGAUGAAUCAGCUUUCUCCAACCAAUGCCCGGAUUUUUUGGGUGUCUAAGGAAUUUGAAGGACAAACUGACUUGGUUGAGCCAUGGUACAAAACUGCAUAUAGUGUUGAGGACAUUACUGAUUCAAUGAUUCAGGAAUGGAUAUCUUCUGCCCCUAAUGAAAAUCUGCAUUUACCAGCACCUAAUAUGUUCAUCCCUACUGACUUAUUGCUCAAGGACACGGGGACUCAAGAGAAGGUCAAAUUCCCAGUUCUAGUGCGAAAGUCAUCCUAUGCGUCAUUAUGGUACAAGCCUGAUACACGGUUCUCUACACCUAAGGCCUAUGUCAAAAUAGAUUUCAAUUGCCCCUUUGCUAAGAGCUCUCCAGAGGCAGAAGUUCUCACAGUCAUUUUUACUCAAUUGUUAGAGGAUUACUUGAAUGAAUAUGCUUACCAUGCAAGUGUUGCUGGUCUAUAUUAUGACAUAUACAUGGCAGCUAGUGGCUUUCAGGUGAUUCUGACUGGUUAUAAUGACAAACUGAGGACCUUGCUGGAAAAUGUCAUUGGAAAAAUUGCAAAAUUUUAUGUGAAUCCUGACAGGUUUGCUGUGAUUAAGGAAAAGUUGAGAAAGGACUAUGAAAAUAACAAGUUUGAACAACCCUACGAGCAAGCUAUGUACUAUUGCUAUUUAUUGCUAUGCGACCAGAAAUGGCCAUGGAUGGAAAAACUAGAAGUUCUUCCUCAUCUUGAAGCUGAAGAUCUUAUAAAGUUUACUCCCAUGAUGCUCUCAAGGGCAUUCCUAGAGUGCUACAUAGCAGGUAACAUUGAAUGCAGUGAGGCAGAGUCCAUAAUUCAGUAUGUUGAAGAUGUUUUCUUCAAGGGUCCAAACCCUAUAUGCCAACCUUUAUUCCCAUCCCAGCAUUUGACAAAUAGGGUUAUCAAGCUUGAAAGGGGUAUGAGUUAUGUCUACCCUAUCAAAGGCUUGAAUCCAAGUAAUGAGAACUCUGCUCUAGUACAUUAUAUUCAGGUUCAUCAAGAUGAAUUUAUGCUGAAUGUGAAACUUCAGCUUUUUACUCUAAUUGCAACGCAACCAACCUUCCAACAGCUGAGAACAGUUGAACAACUUGGGUACAUUACUCACCUCACACGGAGGAAUGAUUACGGUAUUCGUGGAUUACAAUUUAUCGUUCAAUCUACAGUAAAGGAUCCGGGGUAUAUUGAUUUGAGAGUCGAGGCAUUCCUCAGGUUGUUUGAAAAUAAAAUUUAUGAGAUGACUGAUGUGGAGUUCAAGAGCAAUGUUAAGGCAUUGAUUGAUACGAAACUUGAGAAGCACAAGAAUUUAUGGGAAGAAUCUGGAUUUUAUUGGCAUGAGAUUGUUGUUGGGACUCUUAAGUUUGAUCGCAUAGAAUGCGAGGUUGCAGCACUAGAGCGGCUCACAAAACAAGAAUUUGUUGAUUUUUUCGACGAAUAUAUAAGAAUUGGUGCACCCCAGAAGAGGACAUUGAGCAUACGUGUUUAUGGCAGCCUACAUUCACUCGCGUACACAUCAGAUACAGGUGAGCAAGCUGAGCUGAACAAGGUUCAGAUAGAGGAUAUUUAUAGUUUCAGAAGAUCACAAGCUCUUCACAGUUCUUUCAAAGGAUCCUUUGGUCGUACAAAGUUGUAAGGAUUAAAAUUAUCUUCAAGUUUUAAACGAAAAACAUUGAUGUAUAAGCUUCUGCAUUUCAAGUUAAAUGAAAUUGUGACAAUAAUAUAUCAGGAAAACAAUCACCAAUUGUGUUGAUUGAGGACUGUAAUGAUGGUUCCUGCUUACGACAAUCGUGAAUCCCAAUUCUGGAUUUUAUUGGGUUGUAAUAAUUGCUUCUUACCAUAACUUGUGAGAGUUCACAUAUUUUAUUCGUUACUUUUUCAAACUAAUAA